UCCAACGCCACCGGUAUCAUCAAAGCCAGAAACGCUUCCUCCGAAACCGCUCCAUCUGCGACAACUGGUAGCCCCAAAACUGCCGUUGCCGGCGGUGGAUUGCCAGCUUCAUCCGGAACGUCUGUCCUCAGCGCUGUCAAGACCAUUGCGGCCGGCGAGUCCUUCGAUGGCGGCAUGAUGAUGUACGACCGCGGUGUGUCCUGCACAGGCCAGACUGAAGGUGGCGGCAAAGACGCUGUCUUCGUACUUGAGAAGGGCGCGUCCAUUUCUAAUGUGAUCAUCGGACCGCGACAGAUUGAAGGCAUUCACUGCAAUGGCGGAUGUUCCCUGAGCAAUGUCUGGUGGAGCGCUGUCUGCGAGGACGCUUUCACCAUCAAGAAGCAGAGUGCCAGCGAGACAACCAAGAUCGCCGGAGGGGGUGCGUAUGGAGCGACGGACAAAGUGCUCCAGCACAACGCCGCCGGAACCUUGAGCGUCAGCGGCUUCACCGCCGACGAUUUUGGCAAACUCUACCGUUCGUGCGGCAACUGUGAUGAUAUGUAUGAGAGACAUGUCAUUCUCAACGACAUCAAGUCUAGCAAUGGAAAGAUUCUUGUGGGCAUCAACAGCAACUACGGCGACACUGCGACUUUGGUACGUUCUCUUUCUGACAUCCUUCAGUGCGUCGAGUACAAAGGCAACGACACAGGCGACGAGCCAGAGAAGAUCAGCUCUGGGCCGUCAGAUGCGUGCAUCUAUUCCGAGUCGGAUAUCAGC